GAGAAAACCGAGGCUGGCUGUGUUGUUAAAUUAAAACUUUCCUCUCGGUUCGUCCUCUCGACGGUAACCAUGCAGACUUGAGCCGUGUGGGGGAGACUGGCACCACACGGGGACACAUUUCUACACACGCGGGUGUCAGAGUGAGGGCAUGUGCGCAGCAGAGAGGGGAGGGGUGGUUAAGAGGAGGAGGAGGAGGUGGAGGGGGAUUCAGCGCUGGGUCGUCAUCUGAGAGUGUGGAGGGAAGGACCCGCCUUGUUAUUUCCCGGCCCCCUGCACUAGACGGGUGUGUUAGCAGGCAGGAACCGGGCGGCGGGGGCCACUGUACCGUGCAGUGUAGCGGGGUAAGACUAAAUAGCACACAGCCCUUACUAACGCAGGAGGAAGGAACGCAGAGGGCAGAAAGGGAGGGAGUGACUGAGUGAGAAGCAAGAGGUGUAACCAUUAACCACCAUUAACCAUUAAGGGCAGCUGUACGGAGCCGGUACCGUAUAUAAGACGUGCGCACCGGCGUCCGCGCCUCAGCCAGAGCGCAACACCGAGAGGAGCUGGUGAACGAAGGCUGUUGAUCCUCAUCCUCAUCAUCAUCAUCAUCUCUGCUCUGCUCAGAGAGUCACAGGUGACCGUCCACUCUGGUUGGCAACACACUUUCCUGCAGACUGUAAUUCAAUCCCUCUGCUGCAGACCUUUAAAUAUCCUCAAAGACCUCCCAGUAGCCACGUGGUGUAAGGUGAGACAUUUCCAGUCCGGUACACUGGCCAGUCGAACAUUACAAGUGGACUGAGAGCAUGACCAGCCGAUCCUGCAGAUCUGGCCACUUUAGAGCUGUGAUUUAACCUUCUACUGUACUCUCAAGGACUUGAAGGAGUUUUUUCAGAGGCGUGUCCUCCAGUUUCUCCUCCUCAUCAGUAUUGAUCGGGUAUGCUUUUUACUUCUUUUUUGUAUCAGCCUACCUUGAGCACUUUGCAGUGAAUGGAGAACAUACUGAUCCUGCUCCCGAAGCACCGACAGGAACACGGGCUCUGCAGACGCACAACUGCACGUGCCUCGCUGCUGUUCGUUUCUCACAAAGUGUCCUUUUCCUCCUCUUCAGUAGCAACACCCACUCCCUGUGAACCUCUUUAAUGGGAUAAAUCAGCUGGACUGAUCAGGUUUAAAACCAGAUCAGGCUGCAGAUAUCCUUCUGACUUGAAAAAAACUGUUAGGCCUUUCAGGAAAACUGUUUUUUUCUUGGUCAAGUCCACUGUCUUGUUAAGGCUUCCGCAUGGUACUUUGGUUAAAAGAACAAGACAAAGUCCCCGACAUCAACAUGUCCUCUGGGACCGUUGACAUGAAGAAGGAGGCAGGUACCCUUACCUCGGCCUUCCUGAACUCCAACUGCUCUGUUCACCCGUUGAUCCUCACUCAGGGCUCUGAAGAAGUGAGCGCAGUUACCGAGGCUGAGUUCGAGCUCACAGAGGUCACGUCUUUUGUGGAGAGAGCGACUGAGAUCGGAGAGGAUGAGGAAAGGUCAGAGAUCGGGGUGACCAUGGACUGUAGAGCCAAUGCCAAAGGGCAGCGAGAAGAGGAUGCUCUCCUGGAGAAUGCAAGCCAGAGUAAUGAGAGUGAUGACACCAGCACUGACCAGAGUCCUGAACCACCGGUACCACUCAAAGAGACCUCUUUCUCCAUCGGCCUGCAGGUGGUGUUCCCCUUCCUGCUGGCCGGGUUUGGGACAAGGAGUGCUCACAGAGUAUGUUCUUUGCAGCAUUGGACGGUGUUCAUUGAGGUUUCUGAGGUGUUCAUCCUGGUUCCAGCGCUGCUGGGGCUGAAAGGCAACCUGGAGAUGACGCUGGCCUCCAGACUUUCCACAGCGGCCAACAUUGGUCAGAUGGACACAGCGAAGGACAUGUGGAAGAUGAUCAUGGGGAACCUGGCUCUUAUACAGGUCCAGGCCACAGUCGUGGGCUUCCUGGCCUCCAUAGCUGCAGUGAUCUUCAGCUGGAUCCCAGAGGGACACUUCAGGUUAGGACAUGCGGUGCUGCUGUGUGCGUCGAGUGUGGCCACGGCCUUCAUCGCCUCUCUGCUACUUGGGCUCAUUAUGAUUGGUGUGAUCAUUGCGUCCAGGAAGGUUGGCAUCAACCCUGACAACGUGGCCACACCUAUUGCAGCGAGCCUGGGAGACUUGAUCACCUUGUCCCUGCUGGCAGGCAUCUCAACAGGACUGUACAAGGAGCUAGACUACAAUGACUACGCCAACCCAUUAGUGUGUUCUGUCUUUGUGGCCAUGUGUCCUCUGUGGGUGCUGAUAGCCAGGAAGAUCCCGUCCACUAGAGAAGUCCUCUACUCCGGCUGGGAGCCCGUCAUCAUCGCUAUGGCUAUCAGCAGUGUCGGAGGUUUAAUCCUUGACAAGACCGUCAGCAAUCCGAACUUUGCCGGGAUGGCGGUCUUCACCCCUGUCAUCAAUGGUGUAGGAGGGAACCUGGUGGCGGUUCAGGCCAGUCGGAUCUCCACCUAUCUGCACAUGAAUGAUGCCAACCUGACUCCCAGGAGGUGUCCCACACCCUGCAUAGCUUUCUUUGGAUCUUCUGUGAACUCUCGUUCUGCACGCGUACUCUUCCUCCUGGUGGCCCCAGGUCACAUUGUCUUUCUUUACACCAUCAACUCACUGAGGGGGGGACACACCACCCUGACUCCCAUCUUCAUCACUUUUUACUUGGUCGCUGCACUACUUCAGGUGAUCAUCCUGCUCUACCUGGCUGACUGGAUGGUGCACUGGAUGUGGGGCCGAGGCAUGGACCCUGACAACUUCUCCAUCCCCUACCUGACGGCACUGGGGGACCUGCUGGGAACCGGCUUCCUUGCUCUGUGCUUCCACAUGCGCUACUUUAUUGGAGACAGAGACGGUGACGUCGGCAACUGAAUGCAUAACAUAAAAAAAAACAAACAAAACGCACAAAAGUGAAAUAGGCCUUUAUUUUUCCUCCUCCGUCUUUUACGAUUUACACUCAGUGAACCUGUGACAAACCUCUGUGUUUUUCUGCCACUGAACGAUGUCUAUUUACAAAAGGGCUAAUCUGUAGGGCUCAGAUGGUAGAGUGCACACGUUCGGGCCGAAGAAUGGCUUUUUCAGGACAUCAGGACACUGAUGCAGAGCAGCAGCUGCCCAGCAUCCCAACACGGUCUGUAUUCCUCUUUAGAAACUUUGGAAACACACACACACACACACACACACACAUAUCUCCCAUUUAACACAAACUGCACCUGAAGAAUCCAGCCCCACAGACUCCACUACUCCUAAUAACUUAGUCCUACUACUUUUGUUACUAUCAUUCUAUUGAUGAUAAUUAUGAUUGUUGCUAAAUAAUGUAUUUGAUAUAAAUGAAUAUAAUGUGUUCUA